AUGAUACGAAUAGAUGCACACACAUCCGACGUAAUAUACAAGCAUGGUAUCCUGCUUAAAUUUUUCACUCUGAAUUUGGUGUUGGUGGACUUGUAUGUUCUGGUUGGACUCGUAUCAGCAGGGUCCUUCAUCUUCCUUCUUUUCAAACAUUCAAAUAGCAAAGUCACAUUUUGCGGGUCGCUGUUUCCGUCAUGCAGCUCCGCGUUUGUGGAACGUUUGACAGAAGGCAGUCCUGAAUUGUGUGAAGCAAUGCGUGUGAACAUCACCGACUUGUUGAUUGGCUCCUCUCCAGCAAGGUACGUCAGUUCCGUCGGCAACGCUACAAAAUCAUUUUGCAAUGCUUCCCACUGGGUCCCAGUCAUUUACGAUGAUCUUCCUCCGAAACAAAAUAAAACAGGAUCGGUGUGCGAGAACAUGAUAUCAGGACUUCAAGUCUCGAUCAUCUAUGCUAAUGUUGGAACCACCUGGCACCAUUUCAACUACAUUGUCGGAAUGAGUGUCAAAUAUGUUCUGGCAAAUAUCUCUGCUAAUAAUGUCAAGUGUCUCGGAUCUUACUGCAGACGACAGGAUCACACCACCUUUCCUCUAACGUCCACUGUGAAUUUUUUCAAGUUGUAA